AUGAGUCUCGUGUCGUCGAUGUUGAACGUUGGCAAGAGGUGCCUGCCUCGGAAGACACGUCGCGCGGCCGGAGAGGAGUCCGCGCGCGACGAGCGGGCUGCUCCGGCGGAGGGCGAGGAGCAGGGGCCGGGGAGCGGGUCGGGGGCGGCGGAACGCGCGGGGCCUACGCGGAAAUCGAGCGAUCUCGAGCAGUGGGAGCAGGGCGCUGAAGUGGAGGUGUGCGGGGGGCUGAUGAGCCGCCCCGUGCCAGGCGCCAUUCUUCAGUCGGCUUCGGAUGGCAGCAGGGCGGAGAGGAGCAUGCUGGGUCCCGUGUCGGGGACAACUGGCACGACUCCGACGCAGAGCGCCGGUCGCAGCGUGCUCGCCGGGCGCGUGGGGCAGGUCUUGGGCGAGCUGAUCUUCGAGGGAACGACGCAGACGAACGAGGCGAAGGAGCUCGAGGUGGGCAGCGCGACGGGCGGCGACGACAAGGGGGGCCCUGCCGUCGACCCGAGGGACAGAGAGUGUGUCGAGGCCUUCAUGAAGAGCUACAUGGCUGCCAUACAGGCGAACGACAACAAGUGGGCCAACUCCGUCUCCAGCACCCUGUUUGAAGAAAACAUCAGCAUGGUGACCCACGACAACGCGAAGUGGGCGGGCCGCAUGAACGUCGUCCGCCGGCUCAAUCUGGCCAUCGACAACGCCAAGACGCUGCGGGACCGCGCGGGCAACAUGACCGAGGAGGAGGCGCGGCAGAUGGUCCACGUGGACGGACCCACCCCGGUCCGCGGGGGCAAGUGGGAGGUGGUGAUGACGCUGCGGCGCGGGAUCGCGCGGUUCCGCAUGAAGACGGUGCUGCGGACCCGCGGCGGCAAGAUCUUCCGCAUCCGUCAGACGAGGGAGUAG